AGUCUUUGCUUAUAAAUAGCAGGGCUCUUCACUUGCAGCUCCCCAUCGACAGCAGAGCUCGCAAAACCUCCACACCUUCCUGAAAUAGCCACUAGCUUUAGCUGCUCGCCGGGUUCUCUGAUCACUCUCGCUCUCGGGCUCAGCCUUCCUCGCGAUCCAUAAAGGUUGCAAGCUACCAGUCCCAUUAACUGAUGGACUUUGACCUGCUGAAUUACAGCCCGGAAGCGCAGCUGGAGCUGAUGAACACGAUGCUCCAGCUGGAGCAGCUCACCAAGCUCGACGGCGGCCAUCAGUCGCUGAUGGCGGCGCCCGUCUCGCCGCCGGCAUCCCCAGUGCAAACCCAUGCAACAGCCCACUGCUUCUCGCCUCCGCCCCACGUGUCGGCGACCGCCGCCUACCAGGACCAGUACACACCGCCGGCCGUGUACGCCGGCAGGACCGGCGCCCUCGAGCAUCUCCAGGUGGACUACGCGCUGUCCCCGUGCGCCGACGGCGGCCGCGCCGCGCCGCAGCCGGCGGGGUCGCCGUCGCCGACGUCGUCGGCGGACGCGAUGCGGGAGGCGAUCUUCCACAUCGCGGCGCUGCAGCCGGUGGAGAUCGACCCGGAGGCGGUGCGGCCCCCGAAGCGGCGCAACGUGCGCAUCUCCAAGGACCCGCAGAGCGUGGCGGCGCGGCUGCGGCGGGAGCGCAUCAGCGAGCGCAUCCGCACGCUGCAGCGGCUCGUCCCGGGCGGCACCAAGAUGGACACGGCGUCGAUGCUGGACGAGGCCAUCCACUACGUCAAGUUCCUCAAGUCCCAGGUGCAGUCCCUCGAGCGCGCCGCCGCCGCCACCCACCACCGCGCCGCCUUCCACCCCGCCGCCCUCCACGCGCAGUGGCAGUUCGCGCUCCCCCACGGCGACAUGUGACACAGUUACCGUCGAGCGCGCGCGUCGGUUCGCCGCUGGCGUCUUCCCGAUCGGGCGACGACGACGACGGCCUCUCCAUCUGCCGCCGCCGAUUCUUCUGCUGUAGUGUUGUGUGUGCAUCGUCGAUCUGUACAUGAUCACAUGCGCGUGUAUAGAGAUGUAGGAGAGCCUUCGGUACAUUCUAGUAUUAUUGUUGUAGCCGCAUACGACGUGGCUGCUCCAAUUUUUUGUUGGAGCCGUAGCCGUGCAUGCGCGCGCGUACGUGCCCUACCCUACGUAGUAGGCUGUACAUUUCCUUGUACCAUUUUUUCUUCUUCUAUCUAUCCGUCAGUUCGUUGCUUCGUUUU